AUGCUUAUGAUUUGGGGCAAGCUCAGUGACAUAUUUGGCAGAAAGCUAUGCGCAGUUACUUCUAUCAGUUUAUUUACCAUAUUUGCAGGAGCUUAUGGAAGCUCUCAAUCUAUGACACAGCUUAUAAUAUUUCGAGCAUUUCAAGGAAUUGGUUCGGGAGGUAAUUUUGCACUUGGCAACAUAAUACUUUUUGAGUUGGUGCCUAAGAAGUUAUACACGAGAUAUACAAGCUUUAUAUCGAUCGUCUACUCGAUUUCAUUCUCACUUGGGCCUGUAUUAGGUGGGGCACUCAACCAUUCCAAAACUUGGAGAUGGGUGUUCCUGUUGAAUGUACCAGCUGGUGCUCUUUCCGCUCUUGCAAUUGUUCUCUAUCUCCCUGCUAAAUUCCCCAAUCACGAACGCGACGAAAAAUCUAAAGGUUUUGGAUUCAGUUCGCUAUUUUCAACGAAAAUAUUCAAACGAGUUGAUCUCCUCGGUGCUGUAAUACUACUGGUGGCCACCGCUCUCUUGGUCACAGCUCUUGAAGAAGCUGGACAGUUAUACGAUUGGAAAUCGGCAUUCGUAAUUGCUCUUCUAACAGUAUCCUGUAGUUUUAGGGUUGGUUUUGUUUUCUGGGAGCGACUGGUGAGCUUAGAAUCACAAACCGCUGAGCCAGUGUUCCCCUGGAGGCUCAUGACUAGCCGAAUUUGGAUUGGAAUGAUACUUAAUGCAGUUUUCUUGGGUAUCCCAUACUUUGUUACGAUCUUUCAACUUCCUCAAAGGUUUCAAGUGGUUGACAACACCACGGCUCUCAAUGCAGCUUUCAGGCUCAUUCCAUUCACACUACUGUGCCCUGUUGGGUCGAUAGUAUCCACUGUGGUAGCUGGGAAAGCUAAAGUUCCACCUAUCUUUUUAAUCAUAAUCGGUUCCGGUUUACAGAUAGUCGGCUUUGCAUUACUUUCGACUCUGACCGUUUCGGAGGUAACACCAGUAUCGCAAUAUGGGUUUCAAGUAAUCGCAGGUUUUGGUGUGGGCAUUAAUCUUUCGACUUUGCUCUUGAUUACACCGUAUUCUAUACCUGAGCCUGCUGAUAAAGCCGUUGCUGUUAGUUCCAUAACACAGUUUCGAAUACUAGGCGAUGUUCUUGGUAUUGCAAUUGCCACUGCCGCAUACAAGAGCAAUAUCAUAUCAAACCUUGACAAGAUAUUGACUAAAGAGCAAAGAUCACUCAUUCUGGAAUCAACCUCAAUGAUUAAUACGUUCGAUUCAGAGGUCCAAACUCAAAUUCGUGGAGUCUUCGCUGAAAGUUAUAAUCUACAAUUUCGAAUUUUGGUUGUAUUUGCUGCCGCACAGAUCCCAUCAUCAUUACUGAUGUGGCAGGAAAAGCAAAUCGGAGUCUGAACUUCUCUGGUUCAUUGAAUUUUCAUGCCGAGAUCAGAUUUCAAGAGAAUAGCUGAGUCGACCACCAAGAACUUUACAGAGUACUGACAGGCGGCAAUUAUUAUAUACUGUAUUUAUAGCAAUAACAAGUUUUGACAGAUAACGACCCAUUCUCGAUUACUUUAUCU